GAAAAAGUGAAUUUGACACUCGAUGUAAGUACAAUGCAUCUAAGUGUAACUCGUUACCUAAAAAUAUACUUUCAUUUUUAAAGAUGGCGACACAUAUGUAUCGGAGACGAAUGGCAUAUAAAGUAAAAGCUGGGGAAAACUAGCUGAACUACAGCACAGAGCCCUUGUGAAUAGGGCCAUUUGAAGACUCAAUAUUCAAAAUAACCCGAAUGCUGCUCUUUUCUCUGGACAGAGACAAAUGGGGUUCAACAGGAGCUGAGGGCAAUGGAAAGAACAUGCAGACUGCCAGGCCUACUCCCAGAAUUCCACUGCCAUGCCGCCUGCCACAGCCGUCAUGCCCACAGCUGUGGACCCAUACAACCGGACGCAGUAUUGCAAGUGGCCCUGUGAGUGUCCCAAGGUCCCCCCUACCUGUCCGCCAGGUGUGAGCCUCCUCAUGGACGGCUGUGACUGCUGCAAGGCCUGCGCCCGGCAGGUGGGCGAGGUGUGUAACGAGGCAGACACAUGCGACUACCACAAGGGACUGUACUGUGACUACAGCUCGGACAUGCCUAGGUACGAAAAAGGAGUGUGUGCAUAUAUGGUGGGAACAGGCUGCGAGCAUGAUGGUGUGAUCUACCGUAAUGGGCAGAGCUUCAAGCCUAGCUGUAAAUACCAGUGUGUGUGUGUGAACGGUGCCAUCGGCUGUGUGGCGCUGUGCACUGAGUCCCAGCCUCCCCGGGUGUGGUGCCAAACACCACGCCGGGUUAAAGUCCGGGGACAAUGCUGUGAGAAAUGGAUCUGUGAUGAGCCCAAGAGAGGGCGCAAGACGGCCCCACGACACGUAGUGGAGGCUUACCCAGCUGAGACCAGGAGCUGGCAUAAGAACUGCAUUACCCAGACUACCUCAUGGAGCCCCUGCUCAAAGACCUGUGGCCGCGGCCUGUCCAUGAGGGUCUCUAACGCCAACGACCAAUGUGAGCUGGUCAAAGAGUCCCGCCUAUGCAACCUGCGGCCGUGUGAGGUCGACAUCACCAAACACAUCAAGCCAGGAAAGAAAUGUCUGAACAUCUACAGGGAGGAUCAGCCCUCAAACCUCACCAUCUCUGGCUGCACCAGCAAGAAGCUGUACAGGCCCAAAUACUGUGGUGUCUGCACAGACGAGCGCUGUUGCAUCCCCUACAAGUCCAAGACCAUCGACGUGGAGUUUGAGUGUCCUAACGGGACAGGAUUCACCUGGAAGAUGUUGUGGAUCCAGGCCUGCUUCUGCAACCUCAGCUGCAAAAACCCUAAUGACAUCUUCGCCGAGCUGGAGAGUUACUAUGGUUACCCAGAAAUCGUGAACUAAGAAAUGUCAUAUCAAUCACGCUCUCUGACUUCUUUUUCUUUUGGUUGAGAUUAAGUCUUAUGCAACAUUUUCUAUAUGUGAUGUGUAUGUUUAUGUACAAGGGAUUUUCUUAUGGUCUUUUUUCCUAUUGGAAAAAUCUGUAAAUAUGAAAUAUAUAUAUAUAUGUGUCUCCAGAAUGGAUUCAUAAAGCAUGAUAUGCUUUGAAGAAUAUUUGAAGAACUGCUUUGCAAAUGAAAAUAUUCAGACAGUGAGUGUGAGAAAUUUUGAAGGCUUAAUUUAUUUAUGUAGCUUUUGAAUAUAACAUGUGAUGCUCUAGAGAUGCUCACAAGAACAGUCAGUGUCUGUCUUUAAACUCACAAGUCAACAUAGAUAACGAGAUGUUAUUGUAGAUAUUUUUCCAUAUAUUUCAUUAAAUUUCCUUUAUGAUAAAUGUUAACAAGGCAGCAAUGGACUGAUAUGCCAAAGACAAAGCCUUAUUUUUAAGGUUUUCAGAUAACCACAUGUUAAAAUAUGAAAUAAUGAUGCAAUCAGGGAAGAUCAGUUACAAGUUUUUAUUGUCAUUUUUUUAAUAAAUACAAACUGUUAUUUCAUUUUAA